CAGAAAUUUUGAUAAAUGUGAGAAGUGUCGCCCUAAUCUCGCUAAGAAAGUGCUCGUUAUUAGGAAUUCGUUUUGUUACAGACUAGCUAUGCUGUGUGAACGCUAACAAUCAUGGACCUGACGCUAACAGCCAUGGACUUCCACGAAAAAAAAAGGCUUCCGAUCUUGGAGAGGUUGGCGUCAGCUGUAGAACGUUCCCUGGAAUGCGGUCCUCAUUGUUUUCAUCGUUUUCGUCAUGUCAGUCUCAAUCAUUGUUGCUAUCCAUUUCCCGCAAGCAAUUCGACCCUAUAGUUUUUCGUAACCCGAAAGUCAUAUUUUAUUCCACACGCUGUUUCAAGACUUGG